AUGCUGGCACCCACAAGGACCCUACCAGGGGAAAUGGGUCCCCCACAGGCCUCCCAGGGACGUCAGCGCCACAAAGUUCUAAAUUGCGCAAAAACUACUGCAGCCAGGGACCCUACAGGUCUGGCUCUCCCGGAGACCCUCCCAGGGGCGGCGGUACACCCAGAGACCAUAACAAGGGCGGGGGCGCUCCCAGGGACCCGCCUAGGGGUGGCGGAGUCCCCAGGGACCCUUCUUAGGGCUACGGCGAUUUCAGGGACCCUCCCAGGUGCAGUGGUGCCAGCAGGAGCCCUACCAGUGGCCCUGGAGCCCAAGGGGCUCUCCCAGGUACAGACGUGCUCCCAGGGGACUUCCCAGGGACUCCGACACCCACAGAGGCCCUCCCAGGGACGGCAACGCCCUCAAGGGCACUGCAAUGGGCACUGGCGACUCCAGCGGCUCUCCCAUAGAGUGGCGCUACCAGAAGCCUUCCCAGGGACAGCAGCGUCCUCAAGGACUCUCCCAGGGACAGUGACGCUCCCAGGGGACCUCUCAGGUGCGUUGGCGCUCUCAGGGGAAAUGCCACGGAUAGCAGCCCUCCAAGGGACCCUCCCAGGUGCGUCUGUGCCUCCAGGAACCCUUCCAGUGGCAGCGGCGUCCCGAGGGACCAUCCCAGGGACGUUGGUCUCCCCAGUGACUAUACGAGGAGCUGCAGCGCCCACAGGGACCCUCCCAAGGGCGGUGAGGCCCCUGGGGCCCUCCCAGCGGCAGCGGUGGCCCAUCGUUCCUCUCAAAGGCGGCGGCGCCACCACUGGUUUUCCCAGAAGUGUUGGCGCCCACCAUUUGCCCUCCCAGGGAGGCGGUGCACCCAGAGAUGCUGGCACCCACAAGGACCCUACCAGGGGAAAUGGGUCCCCCACAGGCCUCCCAGGGACGUCAGCGCCACAAGUAACCCUCCUGCGGGCGGGAGAGCCUCCAGGGACCCUCCCACAGACCCAACAAAGGGUCCCCCAGGUGCCCUAUGCCAGGGACCCUACAGGUCUGGCUCUCCCGGAGACCCUCCCAGGGGCGGCGGUACACCCAGAGACCAUAACAAGGGCGGGGGCGCUCCCAGGGACCCGCCUAGGGGUGGCGGAAUCCCCAGGGACCCUUCUUAGGGCUACGGCGAUUUCAGGGACCCUCCCAGGUGCAGUGGUGCCAGCAGGAGCCCUACCAGUGGCCCUGCAGUGGUGCCAGGGGCAGGAGCCCUACCAGUGGCCCUGGAGCCCAAGGGGCUCUCUCAGGUACAGAAGUGCUCCCAGGGGACUUCCCAGGGACUCCGACACCCACAGAGGCCCUCCCAGGGACGGCAACGCCCUCAAGGGCACUGCAAUGGGCACUGGCGACUCCAGCGGCUCUCCCAUAGAGUGGCGCUACCAGAAGCCUUCCCAGGGACAGCAGCGUCCUCAAGGACUCUCCCAGGGACACGCUCCCAGGGGACCUCUCAGGCCUCCCAGGGACGUCAGCGCCACAAGUAACCCUCCUGCGGGCGGGAGCGCCUCCAGGGACCCUCCCACAGACCCAACAAAGGGUCCCCCAGCCAGGGACCCUACAGGUCUGGCUCUCCCGGAGACCCUCCCAGGGGCGGCGGUACACCCAGAGACCAUAACAAGGGCGGGGGCGCUCCCAGGGACCCGCCUAGGGGUGGCGGAGUCCCCAGAGACCCUUCUUAGGGCUACGGCGAUUUCAGGGACCCUCCCAGGUGCAGUGGUGCCAGCAGGAGCCCUACCAGUGGCCCUGGAGCCCAAGGGGCUCUCCCAGGUACAGACGUGCUCCCAGGGGACUUCCCAGGGACUCCGACACCCUGGGCUAGGAGGCCUCAGGGACGGUAACGCCCUCAAGGGCAUCUGCAACAAGUACUGGCGACUCCCAGCGGCUCUCCCAUAG